CAGUUCCGUAGCUCAAAAUCGACUGCCACAAAUUUUUAAUUUUGCAACAAAUUCGGCUAGCAAAAUUUGGCAAAACAAAUUCUAAAUUUAGGUGUUAAAAUUUAAGAUAAACAUAAAUUUACCGUUAAAAUGCUGCGAUUGCCGGGAAUGCCGCUGCUGCCAGGUGCGCAGUUCUAUGACUACAGCAAGCGGCGUCAUCCGCGGCGUCAAACAUUAAUGCACUAUCAGGGCAUACAUAUGCUCUCGGAUCACCGUGAGCCGGAGCUGGUCGAGCCCAACGGACCGCUGGUGGAUCUCAAUUGUCCGCCAGGGCAUGCCGAGCUGAAUGCACCGUGGGCGCCCAAGAUGACGACCAAGCUGCCACCUUGGCUGGCCUACGACAAGCAGGUGCUCUGCUUCAAUGCGUACUUUAAGGAGCCGUUGACCGAGGUAUAUCAUGCGCCCUAUCAGGUGCGUAAGGUGAAAAUCUACUUCUAUCUGGAGGAUGGCACCAUGCAAAUCACGGAACCCAAAGUGGAGAAUUCGGGCAUACCGCAAGGCUGUCUUGUGCAUCGACAGCGCAUACCCAAAGCGCCACCCAACGAACGCGAGUUUCUAUCCAUUUUCGAUCUCAAUGUGGACACCAAUGUACAGAUCUUUGAUCGGAACUAUCACAUCAGUGGCUGCGACAUUUUCACCAGGCAGUUUCUCAGUCGCGCCGGCAUAGCGGUGCCCAUGGCGCUAAUGGAGCCCAAUGAUCCCACUACAGAGCUGCGCAAACGUUCCGCCGUGAAGCCAACGCCUCGACCGGAGACGAGCGCCUUGCCCAAACGGCAUGCAUUUGCACAAUUUCUGGAGUUUGAUCGGCACGUGCUCAAAUUUCAGGGCUACUGGAACGAUCGUUCAGAUUUUGGUGAUGUACGUCGGCUGGACAUAUGUUAUUAUCUGGCCGAUGAUACCAUGGAUAUUAAGGAGAAGUUUCCACGCAAUUCGGGCCGCGAGGGAACCAGCACAUUUCUCAAACGCGCCAAGCUCCCGAAGGAUUUCACGGGUCUGGCGCUGCCGGGUCAGCAAACCGCUGUCACCUUGUUGAAUGUGCUAGGCACCAAUAUGCGUGAUGUACGCUACGUGACAGAUCCCUUAAAUACUGGCCAGAAGCAGAUUGCAUAUUACACAGACGAGGACUUGAAAAUUGGCGCCGUGUUGAAGGUCUUUGGACGCCAUGUGGUGCUGACCAGCUGUGAUCAGUUCACGCAGCACUAUUACAGAGAAAAGUAUGGGAUUCAGGACUUUACACCACAACCCGUGCCGGAUCGCAGCGAUGAGCGCGCCUCUAAUCCAUCUCAGGCACGCCGUUUGCCGCCCUACAAUGGCUGGGGCAGCUAUGAGGACUCGGAGGGCAAUUGCAUUACAGUGGAGCCCAAGGCACCGCAGGCGGAUUUCAAGAAGCUCAUGAAAUAUGAUGGCUGCAUUCUGCGCUUUGGUGCCAAGCUGAUGUCCAGCAUACGGGAGAACUGCGAGCGCAGCUUUGUGAUAAGUUAUUAUCUAGCGGAUGAUACCAUCCAAAUCUAUGAGAUACCACGACGCAAUUCGGGCUUUAUGGGCGGCGAGUUCCUGAAGCGUGCACGCGUGCCGCUGCCUGGCCAGGAGAAGUUCAGCUCAGCCAGACCGGAAUACUAUCGCGCCAACGACUUCUACAUAGGGGCCAGAUUGAGCUUCAAGGAUCACAACUUUCACAUCAUUUCAGCCGAUGAGUUUACGCUGCUCUACAUGGAACAGCAUGCCAGUGAGUUUCCUGUGGCGGACAUACGCUCAAUUAUGCAGAAGAUUCGAGAGGCAGUUCGUCCGCAGUACAAACAGUUUGUACUGCGCUGCCAGCCGAAUGCAGAUCUGCGCGAUGGCACCACCAUUAGCUUUGAAACGUUGAAAUCCACGCUACUCGCUUUUCUCUCAAAGGAAGCACUGCUCAACCAUGAGAUUGUCACGGUUUGUCGGUUUUUCUCCGCAGAGCAAAUGCCGCCACCCAGCUGCGAUAGGAAUCAUGUGCGCGCCGCCGCACAGCUCGAGCUGAAGCGCGCGCUGUGGAACAAUGUGGAUGAAAUUGUUGAGCAUUUUAGUCACAUCAAUCCAACAGGCAAGCCGUUCAUUACAGAGGCACAAGUUAGAUCCACGCUGCGCGGCUGUCGGUUGCCUUUUAGUCUGGAGCUGGUGGAGGAUAUACUGCAGGUACUGAAGCACAAUGAACAGGGCGAAAUUGAGAUGCGCGAUGUGCUAGGCUUCUUCGAUAUGAGCGGCGAUCAGGUGCCCGACAUAGCACCAAUUAACAUUGCCUUCGAGUUGUGUCCAAAACUGCCCUUUCUUCACAAGGGUCGCCUGUUGGACUUUAAUUGGUUUCUGCAUUAUCUGGGACUGGAGGAAGAGCUGGUGCGUGACAAUCAUUGAUAUUCCAAGUCGGUUUAAAUUCGACGGUUUUAGUGCAAGAAACUUCAACAAACCGCAAAAUUAUAAUCAUUCUGUCAUUUCUAGGUUUGUUGUAGAAUGUUGCACUAAAUUCUAUCUUAUAAUAAACAAAAAGUUAAAAGUCUU